AAGUAAUUAUAUUAUAAACCACCUCAAACUAUAUAGUAUAAGUAAACAUAUGAAAUCAAAGCAUGCAAAAAGAGUUGAGCAGAAUGGGGAAGAGGUUGAAUGCUCUGCUGGGAAGAAGCUCCAACGCUUCGAAGCUAAGGACGGUGGCGAAUCUCGCAGUCGCUAGAAUUGCCAUACUCAGAAAUCUACAUGGCGUGAGAUGCCGCCAAGCAAGAUCCGAUGUGAUUCAGCUGCUGCACCAACCUCAUCAACAACGCGCUCUCCUUCGAGUUGAGCAAGUGAUGAAGGAGGAAAAUGCUUUGGAUGCACUGGUUAUGAUAGAGAUGUGCUGCCAUAUAUUGGGGGAGAGCACUGAGAUUAUCACAAACAGCAGGGAGUGUCCGGAUGAGGUGAAGGAGGCGGUAUCGAGCUUGAUCUUUGCAGCUUCGAGAAGUGGAGAGUUCCCGGAGCUACAAGAGAUUCGUCGCAUCUUCACUUCCAAAUACGGCAAAGACUUUGCAUAUAAGGCUGUGGAAUUAAGAAAUGAGUGCAGAGUUUAUCCUAAGUUGGUAGAGAAACUAUCGACGGAGAGAGCGAGCUCGGAAAGCAGACAAAUUGUGCUAAAGCAAAUCGCGGAAGAUAAUGGGAUCGCUCUAGAAUUCAUUGGAGGAAGUAGGAACAUGAAAGAUGAUGGAGAUGCAUUCGACUCGGAUGAUGCAAUGAGUGGAUUACAUAUAAUAAUAGAGAAUCCAAAUGUAUAAUGUGGAAAAGAAUGCACAACGGAAUUGGAGUGAUGAUUCCCAGAGGCAAGGAAAAACUACACCAGAGUAAAUAGUUAUAAUAGAUUAGAUUAACACAAGUAUCUAGCUAGUAUAUGGAUUCUUUUAUAACCUUCUCAAUAAAUAUGAUAGAUAGUUUCCUAUAUGUUCUAACUGCAUAAUUACCCUAUAAUAAUAACUACUACGUCCUCUCGCGUGAUGCAUGCGUCAU